UUUGUGCACCUUCUGACUCCUCUGUGUGGGACCUGGCACUGCUCCCUCACGUCAACAGCCAUGUCCCAAGAUGAUCUAAUGUGCACCUGGGAUUUUGGUUUUCUUCAGAGCCCUCAGAGCGGAGGCUGUGGGCGGACAGAACCCUCAGGAAUGUUCUUGGAACUCAGAGGAGCUGCUGGACAAAGGAUGGCAUGGAGAGGCCAGCCCAGCUGCUGGGAGCCCUGGGGAGCUGGAGGUUGUGUGUUUGGAGCCAGGCCACGGGAGGUACCAGGGGCCCGGGGCAGAGCUCUCAGAGUGACCACGGAACUCGGGGAUCGGAGACAGCAGGGCAUCAGAGUGGAAUCCUGGCAGACUAUAGAACCCUGGAGAUGAAGGGCCUCCUCACACUGGCUUGGUUCCUGGCUUGUAGUGUGUCUGCUGUCCCAGGGAGCUUGCUGCAGCUGAAGGUGAUGAUUGAGAAGGUGACUAGGAAGCCCGCCCUGACGAGCUAUGGCUUCUACGGCUGUUACUGCGGCUGGGGGGGUCAAGGAACCCCCAAGGAUUGUACUGAUUGGUGCUGUUGGAUGCAUGACCACUGCUACGCGCGGCUGGAGAAAAAAGGCUGCAAUGCCUUGACACAGGUGUACAGAUACAGAAUUGCAUGCGGCCUGGUCACCUGUGGACGUGGGUCCCUCUGCCAGAUGCAGCUCUGCGCCUGUGACCGGCAUUUCGUCUACUGCCUGAAAAGAAACAUGAGGAGCUACAACCCUCUUUAUCAAUACUUUCCCAACUUCCUCUGCAUCUAGUUGCCUCAGUGAGCUCCUCCUGGACCAAGAUUCUUACACCCUCUCCUACAGCACAGAGCUUACCCACUCUGCUGGAAUCCCCAGAGAGGCUCCCAGGUCUGGGACCUCAUUCUUUCUUGAUGUUCCACUGGGCUCGGAGGAGGCCCACAGCCACACUUCAUCCUCCAGAGUUCCAGGAGAGUGACUCUGGUCAUUAGACUUGGCAAGGUCAGGGUCCCCGGCCUCCACUUGUGAGAUCAGCCGCUCUGGUGCUGAAAGCUCGCCCUUCACUCCAGGCCAGCUGUGUUUCUCCUCAUCCCUGAAGACAGCCCUGCCUCUCCAGGAGGGAGGCUUUCCUGGGAUGCAUUGACUUUUCAGUUCUGCAGUUGGGUUAUCACUACCAUCCUGCAGAGAAUUUUCACAGAAGUGGAAGCAAAAGUGACUCCAUAAUUCUGCCACAUAGAUAUUAAAUAAAAUUCCUUCUCAAGACUAAUAAUAACCACACAGGUAUUUCCCCUGCUGUGGAGGAUUGCCUGCACCUCUUUCUCUGCUGUUGGGGCACCAGACCCAGCAUUAACCAUGUUCCUUCAGAGGAAGAAGGUACAGAUUAGUAACUAGAAGGUUUCCUGGGAUGAGUACCGAGCCUUCUUUGGGACUCAUCUCCUUAAACCUUGGGUCCACUCGAGCCAAGCACUGGACCUCAUUCUUCCUCCAGGGAGCGGGGAGAAGAUGAUUGGCAAUCGUGCCGUCUUGGGCUUCCAGACCAGCGAGCGCCGCAUUUGAAUGCCAACUUGGCUUCUCCAGCUGUGUGGUCUCAGGCUCAUUACUGAACCCCUCUGAUUUCUGGUCUCUUUAAAAAAGAAACUGUAGGGCUUCCCUGGUGGCACAGUGGUUGAGAGUCCACCUGCCGAUGCAGGGGACGCGGGUUCGUGCCCCGGUCCGGGAAGAUCCCACAUGCCGCGGAGCGGCUGGGCCCGUGAGCCGUGGCCGCU